ACCCAGGGGCCCUGUGUCAACAGCAGAGGGAAGAAGAAGAGACAUAGAGGAGGAAACCAGAAAGUAACUGUGCUGCAGACAUGGACCUGCGGUCUGAGCUGCUCAAGUCCAUCUGGUACGGUUUCACAGCCCUGGAUCUGGAGAAGAGCGGUAAGGUGUCCAAGUCUCAGCUAAAGGUGCUGUCCCACAACCUGUGCACAGUCUUGUCUAUCCCACAUGAUCCAGUUGCUUUGGAGGAGCACUUCAGGGAUGACGAUGAUGGUCCAGUUUCCAGUCAGGGUUAUAUGCCUUACCUCAACAAAUACAUCCUGGACAAGGUUAUUGAGGGCUCUUUUAUUAAGGAAAACGUAGAUGAGCUUUGUUGGACACUUACGGCAAAGAAAAACUACCAGACGGACAAAACCAGCAGCACUGUCCUGCCAGAGAAGGAUGCUUUUCGGCUUUGGUGCCUUUUUAAUUUUCUCUCUGAAGACAAGUACCCAUUGGUUAUGGUCCCUGACGAGGUGGAAUACCUCCUCAAGAAGAUAUGUAUGGCUAUGAGUAUUGAGUUCAACUGUGUUGAAUUAGAGGACUUCUUCUCCCAAGAUUCAGUGCAGCAGAGCGGCAUUACUGUUUGGGUUUUUCUGGAGAUGAUGAACUCUGGAAAGAUGACCAGAGGAAUUGAUCAGAGCAUAAUCAGCAUGGCUAUAGAGGAAGUAUACAGGGAGAUAGUUGGUGAUGUCCUCAAAGAGGGUUAUUUGUGGAAGAAAGGCCAGCUGAGGAGAAACUGGAAGGAACGCUGGUUCACCUUAAGGCCGAGCAACUUGUCCUAUUACACCGGGGAGGACCGCAAAGACUGUCAGGGCAACAUAGUUCUGGAUGGGAAAUGCUGUGUGGAGGUGCUACCAGACCGGGAUGGGAAAAGGUGCAUGUUUUGUCUGAAAACGCUCUCCAAGACUUAUGAGAUGAGCGCCUCAGACACCAAACAGAGACAGGAGUGGACUUCAGCCAUUCAAACAGCUAUCAGGCUACACGUGGAGGGGAAAACAUCCCUCCACAAGGAUUUGAAGCUGAAGCGGCGUGAACAGCGGGAGCAGCGGGAGAAGAGACGGCAGUCCAAGGAGGAGGAGCUGCUGAGGUUGCGGGCCCUGCAGGAGGAACGGGAGCGUAAGCUGGCGGAGCUGGAUCUCCUGAAAGAGGCGCAAAAGCAGGCUCAGGUCCUCCUGGCGCAGGACGAGCAGAGGAGGCGCCAGCAGCACGAACAGCUCCAGCGGGCCCUGGAGGUCCAGCUGCGAGAUGCUGAGGAGGCUCGGGUCAGUAUGCAGGCAGAGAUGGUUCUGAAAGAGGAGGAGGCGGAGCGGCAGAGGAAGAGGAUCAAGGAGCUGGAGGAGAUGCAGAAGCGUUUGGAAGAGGCGCUGCAGUUGGAGAUCAAAGCCAGAAUGGAUGAGGAGGCCUUCCGCUAUGCUCAAGCAGGAUUACUGGCCGAGGAGGAGGAGAAAAUGAAGGCCCUGAUGUCCCUGCAGGAGGAACAGGAGGAGUACAUCCUGAAGACACAGAGGGAGAAGCAGGAGCUCAAACAGGAAAUGGAGGUCAAGUCACGAUCCCUGGAUGAGGCUCAGAGGCAGCUGGAGGAGGUCCGCGCCAACAGGCACAGGGUUGACCAGGAUGUAGUGGCUGCCCAGCGAAAACUUCGCCAGGCGAGCACCAACGUCAAACACUGGAACGUCCAGAUGAACAGACUGAUGCGACCCAUCGGACCAGGCGAGAAGAGACCAUCGUUAGGAAGCUCCUUCUCAAGCUUCCAGAUCCCGACACAGAGAGAUCCGGGGCUGCGUCUCAGAAGGAGAUCUGGAUCAGAGGAUCAGGACGAGGAGAGCAAAGAAAAUGUUGACAACCGAGCUGGAUGUGAUUUAGAAAAGCGCCACUCCCAUGCCUCUAACGGAGACAUGGACAUCCCCUAAAAACACGAGUCAGAGAGGCUGCAUACUUGUCACGUCUGUCACUUUCUGACAGGCAGGGCAAGAGAUGGUGCAACAGUUGAACAUCUACACUUAAACUGAAUUUACUACCAACAGUACUACCAUUUUUAUUAAAUGUUGAAUUACUGACCUCACGUCACAAACGGAAACAGUUUAAAACAUUUUAAUGAUAAGAUGCAUUUACAGAAUCAACUAAUGCUUUGACUGCAGCCUGUGAGGCCUGUUCUGAACAUAAACGAUACCUCAGUGCAAAGAAAACGAGCUGUAAGCAAGAUCCCCGAAGUGCAAAGUAAGUUGAGAUGUGUUAAAGACUAAUACUUACAUACAAUGUAAGGAAGCUCAUUUAUUUAGCUCUGUAAUAUAGACAUAUAACAAUGUUUCAUUUUUAUGUAUGUAUUUUUUUGGCCGGAGGGUGGCUUGACUAUUUUUUUUAACGUAAAAAGUUGGUUCAGUAUUGGAGUUUACAGCUGUUUCCUUAGAAGAGUAUCAUUCCUGAUGAACAGGAAAGAGAGAGAAACUCUCAUUUAACUUCCUGUUUCUAUUGUCAGUUAACAUAAUUGUAAAUAAAAGAGUGAAUUGAUGCCUUAACCUGAUUUCUGCCUGUAUCUUUCCUGUGUUAAAUUAUGUGCUGCAUGUCAAUAAAAUCUCAAUCUAUAUUUUA